AUGAUUUCCUCUGCCUGGACAUGGGCAACCAACACCAAGAACAUCCGACGCAACAGCAUCCAUGGUGAGGAAGAAGCCAACCUCAUCUUGGAUGAGGCCUUUGAGGCCAAUGACCAGACCACCAACGAAACCACGAUGCAAGGUGGAACGGAUGUGCAGGAAGACUCCGGCUUCCUCCUCGAGGGCGAUGUGCCGGACAUCGAGUCCAAUGCUGCAGCCAUCGCCAGUGGCCAGGCCAAUGGUGCAGCAGCAGCAUCCUCUGCGCAGGACAAGCUGAAGAAGAUCGGUGGCACACGGGCGCAGACGCUGAGGGAUCAGCUCGAGACGAUUCUGUCGAGUAUGCGGGAGCUCUUCAACAAGCUGACUGUGAAGCAGCCCUUCUCAGACUCGUUGCUUCGCUUGUUUGCGGAGACGACGAAGCAAGACCUGAUUAUGAACAACUAUGUCGUGAGGGCAAGGUCUGUGAAAGGUGGUGCUGGCUCAUCUACUGACAAGCCAGCCAAGAAGGAGAAGAGCAAGCCCAAGAACAGUGGCAAAGCCAAGAAGGACAAGAAGGAUAAAAAAUCUAAGUCGGCAAAGGAGAAGAAGGACAAGAAGGAUGGCAAGGGCUCUCCCAAGCCCAAAUCCAAAAGGGAUUGA